UCAGGCUGAACAGAGAUCCCAAAAGCAAAGCAAUCCCAUAAAUGCCAUCUAUAGGGUCAGGGUGAGCAGGGAUCCCAAAGCAAAGCAAUCCCAUAAAUGCCAUCUAUGGGGUCAGAGCAAGCAGAGAUCCCAUAAAGGACAGCAAUCCCAUAAAUGCCAUCUAUGGGGUCAGAGCAAGCAGAGAUCCAUAAAGCAAAGCAAUCCCAUAAAUGCCAUCUAUAGGGUCAGAGUGAGCAGAGAUCCCAAAGCAAAGCAACCCCAUAAAUGCUAUUAAUAGGGUCCAGAGCGAGCAGAGAUGCCCCAAAGGACAGCAAUCCCAUAAAUGCCAUCUAUGGGGUCAGAGUGACCAGAGAUCCCAUAAAGGUCAGCAAUCCCAUAAAUGCCAUCUAUAGGGUCAGAGCGAUCCAAGAUCCCCCCCAAGCCACAAACCCCAUAAGCACAACCCGCUAUCGGGGAGGCAGGCUGAGGCCCGGAGCGAAGCCCUAUAAGGGGUGUUAUGGGGUUUAUGGCGUUUAUGGGGCCGCUGACCCCAUAUCCCACCCUACAGCUGAAGCAGGAAACCCAGUCGCUGUGCUGCUGCCUCCUGCUGGUGUCGGAGGACAACCAUCAGCUCUUCUGCCAGGUUGUAGGGGAUCGCGUCCUGGACGAGGAGAUCAGCUUUUCGCUGACCUUCGGACGCCUGGGGAGGGUGGUGGAGGACAAAAAUCCCAUUACCCUAAAGGACGUCAGCGAGGAGGAGCAGCAGCAGCUGUCAGCCAUGCUGGGCACGGCGCUCACCUCCCUGCUCUGCGUCCCCGUCAUCAGCAGGGCCACGUCGCGCGUGGUGGCCUUGGCCUGCGCCUUCAACAAGCAGGGGGGGGACAGCUUCACACAGCAGGACGAACACAAGAUCCAGCACUGCUUCUGCUACACCUCCACCGUGCUCACCAGCACCUUGGCCUUCCAGAAGGAGCAAAAGCUGAAGUGUGAAUGCCAGGCUCUGCUGCAGGUGGCGAAGAACCUCUUCACUCACUUGGACGACGUCUCAGUGCUGCUGCAGGAGAUCAUCACAGAGGCGCGAAACCUCAGCAACGCUGAGAUCUGCUCCGUCUUCCUGCUCGAUCGCCACAGCCACGAGUUGGUGGCCAAAGUGUUUGACGGCGGCGUGGUGGAUGAUGAGAGUUAUGAGAUCCGGAUCCCUGCAGAUCAGGGCAUCGCUGGGCACGUGGCGACCACUGGGAAGAUCCUGAACAUCCCCGAUGCCUACGCGCAUCCCCUCUUCUACAGGGGGGUGGAUGACAGCACCGGGUUCCGAACCAGGAACAUCCUCUGCUUCCCCAUCAAGAAUGAGAGUCAGGAGGUCAUCGGGGUGGCCGAGCUGGUCAAUAAGAUCAACGGGCCGUGGUUCAGUAAGUUCGACGAGGAUCUGGCCACCGCCUUCUCCAUCUACUGCGGGAUCAGCAUCGCGCACUCUCUGCUGUACAAGAAGGUGAACGAGGCGCAGUACCGCAGCCACUUGGCCAACGAGAUGAUGAUGUACCACAUGAAGGUGUCAGAUGACGAAUACACCAAGCUGCUGAGCGAGGGCAUCCAACCGGUGGCCGCCAUCGACCCCAACUUCGCCGCCUUCAGCUACACGCCGCGCUCGCUGCCCGAGGACGACACCUCCAUGGCCAUCCUCAGCAUGCUGCAGGACAUGAACUUCAUCAACACCUACAAGAUGGACAGGCAGACGCUCACCAGGUUCUGUUUGAUGGUGAAGAAGGGCUACCGGGACCCCCCGUACCACAACUGGAUGCACGCCUUCUCCGUCUCCCACUUCUGCUACCUGCUCUACAAGAACCUGGAGCUCUCCAACUACCUGGAGGACAUUGAGAUCUUCGCGCUCUUCAUCUCAUGCAUGUGCCAUGACCUCGACCACCGCGGCACCAACAACUCCUUCCAGGUGGCCUCGAAAUCGGUCCUGGCCGCGCUCUACAGCUCCGAGGGCUCCGUGAUGGAGCGGCACCAUUUUGCCCAGGCCAUCGCCAUCCUCAACAGCCAGGGCUGCAACAUCUUCGACCACUUCUCCCGCAAGGACUACCAGCGCAUGCUGGACCUCAUGCGGGACAUCAUCCUGGCCACCGACCUGGCCCACCACCUACGCAUCUUCAAGGACCUCCAGAAGAUGGCAGAAGUCGGCUACGACCCCAAGAACAAGCAGCACCACAGCCUGCUGCUCUGCCUGCUGAUGACGUCCUGCGACCUCUCCGACCAAACCAAAGGCUGGAAAACCACCAGGAAAAUCGCAGAGCUGAUCUACAAGGAGUUCUUCUCCCAAGGAGACCUGGAGAAAGCCAUGGGCAACCGGCCGCUGGAGAUGAUGGACAGGGAGAAAGCCUACAUCCCUGAGCUGCAGAUCAGCUUCAUGGAGCACAUCGCCAUGCCCAUCUACAAGUUGCUGCAGGAUCUCUUCCCCAAAGCCUCGGAGCUCUACGAACGCGUCGCCAGCAACCGGGAGCAGUGGACCAAAGUGUCCCACAAAUUCACCAUCCGGGGGCUGCCCAGCAACAACUCCCUGGACUUUUUGGAUGAGGACUACGACCCACAGACCCCAGACCCACAGAUGAACGGGUGCCUGGAUGCUGAGGGGCACCCAGAGUCCGGGGCAGAGUGAGGAUGGCAUUUAGGGAGGGGGGGACACAAGGGUUGGGGAUGGGAUGAGGUGAUGAUGGGGUGCGAUCCGUGCCCCUGUGCCACCCGUGGGACGAUGUCCCCUCUGUGUCACCGGAGCCCCAGCCAUGGUGGCGCUUGGGGACAGCAGUGUCCACAUGGGGGAUGGUUUUUUUUGGGCUCCCCAAUGCUGCUGUCCCCUGGAAUGGGGCCACGUUGUGGGGCAGGCGAUGGGGAGAGAUUUGGGGGGGGAUGGGAUGGGAUGGGUUGGAGACAACCCACAGCUUCUGGAGGGUGGGGGGCUGGGGGCAGCAGCGAUGGGGGGGGACCUCCAGAACCCUUUUGGGGUGGCAGGUCGGGUGUCCCAUUGGCUGUCCCAAUGCAUGGGGGGGGGGGAUCUGGGGGCUCCUGGUUCGGGAUCUGUGGGUCCAGGUGAGCUGGAUGCGGGUGGUGGCAGUGAUUCCUGGUCGUCGUGCACGGACCCUGUUGGUGUGCCAUCAUCCCAUCAGCUGCCAUGCAUGGACACUGCCAUCCCACUGGGGUCUCUGUGCUCCUACAGCCCCCCAUGCAUGGGCACUGUCAUCCCAUUGGGGUCCCCCAGUCCUACAGACCCCCAUGCAUGGACACUGGGGUCCCUGUGCUCCUACAGACCCCCAUGCAUGGACAUUGGGGUCUCUGUGCUCCUACAGACCCCCAUGCAUGGACACUGGGGUCUCUGUGCUCCUACAGACCCCCAUGCAUGGACACUGCCAUCCCACUGGGGUCCCCCAAUCCUACAGACCCCCAUGCAUGGACACUGGGGUCUCUGUGCUCCUACAGACCCCCAUGCAUGGACACUGCCAUCCCAUUGGGGUCCCCCCAUCCUACAGACCCCCAUGCAUGGACACUGGGGUCUCCGUGCUCCUACAGACCCCCAUGCAUGGACAUUGGGGUCUCUGUGCUCCUACAGACCCCCAUGCAUGGGCACUGCCAUCCCAUUGGGGUCCCCCAAUCCUACAGACCCCCAUGCAUGGGCACUGCCAUCCCAUUGGGGUCCCUGUGCUCAUACAGACCCCCAUGCAUGGGCACUGCCAUCCCAUUGGGGUCCCCCCCAGUCCUACAGACCCCCAUCUAUGGACACUGCCAUCCCAUUGGGGUCUCUGUGCUCCUACAGACCCCCAUGCAUUGACACUGGGGUCCCUGUGCUCCUACAGACCCCCAUGCAUGGGCACUGUCAUCCCAUUGGGGUCCCCCAGUCCUACAGACCCCCAUGCAUGGGCACUGCCAUCCCACUGGGGUCCCUGUGCUCCUACAGACCCCCAUGCAUGGACACGGGGGUCUCUGUGCUCCUACAGACCCCCAUGCAUGGACACUGGGGUCUCUGUGCUCCUACAGACCCCCAUGCAUGGGCACUGACAUCCCAUUGGGGUCCCCCAAUCCUACAGACCCCCAUGCAUGGACACUGGGGUCUCUGUGCUCCUACAGACCCCCAUGCAUGGACACUGGGGUCUUUGUGCUCCUACAGACCCCCAUGCAUGGGCACUGCCAUCCCAUUGGGGUCCCUGUGCUCCUACAGACCCCCAUGCAUGGGCACUGCCAUCCCAUUGGGGUCCCCCCAGUCCUACAGACACCCUUGCAUGGACACUGCCAUCCCAUUGGGGUCCCCCAAUCCUACAGACCCCCAUCUAUGGACUCUGCCAUCCCACUGGGGUCCCCCCAGUCCUACAGACCCCCCAUGCAUGGGCACUGCCAUCCCAUUGGGGUCCCCCAGUCCUACAGACCCCCAUGCAUGGACACUGGGGUCUCCGUGCUCCUACAGACCCCCAUGCAUGGACACUGACAUCCCAUUGGGGUCCCCCCAAUCCUACAGACCCCCAUGCAUGGACACUGGGGUCUCUGUGCUCCUACAGACCCCCAUGCAUGGACACUGCCAUCCCAUUGGGGUCCCCCCAAUCCUACAGACCCCUGCCAUCCCAUUGGGGUCCCCAGUCCUACAGACCCCCAUGCAUGGGCACUGCUAUCCUGUUGGGGUCCCCCCAAUCCUACAGACCCCCAUCUAUGGACACUGCCAUCCCAUUGGGGUUCUGCUCAUACAGACCCCCAUGCAUGGGCACUGCCAUUCCAUUGGGGUCCCCCAAUCCUACAGACCCCCAUCUAUGGACUCUGCCAUCCCACUGGGAUCCCCCUGCUCCUGCAGACCCCCACGUAUGGACACUGCCAUCCCAUUGUGACCCCUUCGGCCCUAUUGAUUGCUGUGUAUGGACACUGCCAUCCCAUUGCGUUCCCUCGGUCCUGCAGGCACUGCCAUCCCAUUGUGCUCCCUUUGGUCCUAUCGAAUGCUCUGUAUGGAUGCUGCCAUCUUCCUGCGGUCCCUCUGACCCCAAAGACCACCAUGCAUCGUCCCUGCUAACAUCCCCUUGACCCCACCACCCCACAGGCCACCAUGCAUGGCCCCUUCCACCCUCCCACAGGUCCUCUGAUCCCAAAGACCACCAUGCAUUGAUUUUGGUGACCUCCCCACCCUACUGACCACCAUGCAUGAUCCCUUGCAUCCUGCCAUGGUCCCUCUCAUCCCAAAGACCACCAUGCAAUGGUUUGGGUGAUCUCCCUGUGUCCUGGCCCUACUGACCACCAUGCAUGGCCCCUUCCACCCUUCCAUGGUCCCUCUGAUCCCAAAGACCACCAUGCAUUGACUUUGGUGAGCUCCCCACGUCCUUCUGGCCCUACACAGCACCAUGCAUGGCCACUAUCAGCAUCCCAUUGACCUUUCUGCCCUACAAACCACCAUGCAUUGAUUUUGGUGACCUCCCCACAUGCUUCUCACCCUACUGACCACCAUGCAUGGCCCCUUCCACCCUUCCAUGUUCCUCUCAUCCCAAAGACCACCAUGCAAUGAUUUUGAUGACCUCCCUGUGUCCUGGCCCUGCUGACCACCAUUCUUGACCCCUUCCACCCUUCCAUGGUCCCCCUGAUCCCAAAGACCAUGCAUUGCCUUUGGUGAGCUCCCCACGUCCUUGUGGCCCUACACAGCACCAUGCAUGGCCACUAUCAGCAUCCCAUUGACCUUUCUGCCCUACAAACCACCAUGCAUUGACUUUGGUGACCUCCCCACAUGCUUCUCACCCUACUGACCACCAUGCAUGGCCCCUUCCGCCCUUCCAUGGUCCUCUGAUCUCAACAACCACCACGAAUGGACUUUGGUGAGCUCUCCACGUCCUUCUGGCCCUACAGAAACCAUGCAUGGCCACUAUCAGCAUCCCAUCGACCUUUCUGUCCUACAAACCACCAUGCAUUGACUUUGGUGAGCUCCCCACCCUACUGACCACCAUGCAUGAUCCCUUGCAUCCUGCCAUGGUCCCUCUGAUCCAAAGACCACCAUGCAAUGAUUUUGAUGACCUCCCUGUGUCCUGGCCCUACUGACCACCAUGCAUGGCCCCUUCCACCCUUCCACGGUCCUCUGAUCCCAAAGACCACCAUGCAUUGACUUUGGUGACCUCCCCACGUCCUUCUGGCCCUACACAGCCCCAUGCAUGGCCACUAUCAGCAUCCCAUCGGCCUUCUGCCCUAAAGACCACCAUGCAUUGAUUUUGGUGACCUCCCCACAUGCUUCUCACCCUACUGACCACCAUGCAUGGCCCCUUCCGCCCUUCCAUGGUCCUCUGAUCUCAAUGACCACCAUGCAUUGACUUUGGUGAGCUCCCCACGUCCUUCUGGCCCUACUGACCGCCAUGCAUGAAUUGUGGUGGCCUUUGUGGUCCCUGUGGUGGCCACGCGCGGCCCCUCCAAGUCUCCUAUGGCCCCCACCCCCGCUGACUGUUGGGUCCCCAUCCCUCGAGGUGCCCAGUUGGCCCCAAAUCCCCAAAUGCUGCAACGACGAUUCGUCCGCUUCGGUGUGAGAGUCAACGGGAUCCCCCCCAAAGCCACUGUGGGGGCCACGUCCGUUCUGCCUUACCUCCUUGGAGAUGCCUUCAGAGAGACGCUUUGUACGGCCCCGCUUCGUGCCCCAAUGCUUCACCCCCGGCCUUCCCAUGGGGCGGGAAGGAGCUGACCCCAAAGGCAACAACAAAGAAAUCAACCCCAAAAGGAUACAGGAAAAAGCCAGCGCGGUGUUCGCCCCAGCGCCAGCACCGACCCCUUCAUCCACGCCGCGUCCCCAGCCGUGGGCUGCGUGGGCUCAGCUCCGUGCCCACCUCGGGAUGGGGGGAGAGAAGCCACGUUUAAUGCACCAUGGUUCGGAUGGAGCUCGCCAAGCCAGCGCCAGCUCCGUCCCCAUGGCGGCGACGCGGGUUGGUGACCCACAGCCGCGUGUCCCCUCGGUGAUGGGGUGGUGGCAGACCCCCAAAGCCCCGCUGUGUGCUGCCCUGUGCCUCGCGUGCACCCCGCAGCUUCUGUGGUUGCGCCGCGCUCGGCUCCGACGGGGCUGAGAGGGAGCGCUUCUGUCCUCCUCUUCCUCUUCUUUGGCAUUUCCUUUCCUGUUUGUUUUUUGUUUGUUUGAUUUUGGAUGGUUGGUUGGGGUUUUUUGGGGGGUAUUUUUUCUUUUUUUGUCUUUUUUUUCUUUUUUUUUGGUGGUGGGUUUUGGUUUUCCUAAUAAAUUUCGUACGUCGAUCUCUG